AAUUUGCAUAGCCUCAGUCGACCAACAUUUCGGAUUUUAUUGGAAUUAUUAAGUGAACAAUUAUCGAACAAAUUUGAAGGAUGUGGCAGACAUACCAUAUCACCAGAAAAAACUUUGUUAUUAGCGAUAUGGAUGAUGGGAACUCCUAAUUCUUAUAGAUGUGUUGCUGAUCGAUUUGAUGUUGGCAAAGGAACUGCUUGGAGAUGUGUAGGAAAAGUUGUAAAUGCUUUGUAUUUACAUCUUGACAAAUUUAUCACAUGGCCGAAUAGAGAAAAAGCUGAAGAAAUUUGGACAUGCAUUAAAAACAGAUACAAAUUUCCCAAAGUAAUAGGAGCAAUAGAUGGCACUCAUAUUAAAAUUGCUACACCAAAACUGCAUCCAGAGGCUUACAUAAAUAGAAAGGGCUAUCACUCCAUACAAUUACAGGUAAUAUGUGAUCAUGAAUUAAAAUUUACUCAUGUUUAUGCAGGACAGGUAGGGUCAGUGCAUGACAUGAGAGUUUUCAGAUUAUCAGGAUUUGAAAACUUAUGCACAGAGCAACACUUUCCUGAAAAUAGUCAUCUAUUAGGCGACGCAGCAUACAGCAUUCAGAAAUGUAUAAUGGUUCCUUUUAAAGACAACGGACAUUUAACAAAUGCACAAAUUACAUAUAACACAAGGUUAUCUCAAGCAAGAAUGAUGAUAGAAAGAGCUAUAGGCUUAUUGAAAGGAAGAUUUAGGAGUCUUUUGGAUACAUUGCCUAUGAGAAGAACCGAUUUAAUACCGAAAUAUAUAGUUGCAUGUUGCAUUCUACACAAUAUUUGUAUAAAUCACGAUGAUUACAUAGAUGUGCCUGUUAUUGUGCAAAAUGAAUGUCUACAAAAUGUUGCUCAAAAUGUAAUACAAGGUCUGCGAGAGGAAGGUGUCGAAAAACGCAAUACAAUAAUGUAUUAUUUGCAAAAUGAAAAUUAUAAUUUGUAAUAAAGUUAUCUUGAAAAUAAAGUUAUAG